CAGAGGUCAGAGUUUCAGCCAAUCAGAGGACGAGGACGCGUCCGGAUUUUUGCGACUUCAGAGCCGCAGCAGGGUUUGUUGGACUGCAGACAAAACUGGAACGAUCCAUCUGCAGCCGAACUUGGAGUUAUCGGACGGACCUGCCUGCAGCUGUUCUCCUGUAAUAACACUUCGUCAGAAGCUUCGCUGCUCCACUCAGGGAUGGAGGACUCGGAGACAGAGCUGGUGGUGUCGGAGUCAGAUGCCCUUGGUGCUGAUUUCAUCACAGUGGAGCUCGACACACAGCCAAUUGAAUAUGUGGUGAAGUGGGCAGAGGUCGGCUCCAAGUUCACCAUUUCCUGCGUGAAGAAGGACUCUGAUGACUCGGACCUGGCAGCCGACCAGCUGAAGAUCGAGACAGAAGAGGCUUUCUUUGCCCCGUAUGAGGAGGUGUAUCCCUGUGAGGUGACGGAGCAGAGUGUGGAGAUAAAGACGGACUCUGAUGAGGAUGAGGAGAAUGAUGAUCAUUUGGCACUGGAGGUGGCAGGAGGCAGCCAGCUGGACCUGGACGGUGAGGCGGACUCGGACCAGUCAGACUUUGAGCCGGUUGAACGGCAGUAUCGCUGCAGCUACUGUGGGAAGUGCUACAGCCACGCAUCCAGCCUGUAUCGGCACCAACAGACGCACACAAGCAAAAGUGCUGCUGGACCGCCGCUGCCCGCCGCCAAACGGGCCCUAGAGCCAGCGGAGCAGGAGGCACGUUACACCUGCCCCCACUGCGGCAUGAGCUUCAAAGGCAGCAGGAUGCUGGGCAGUCACCUGCGGCUUCAUGGCAAGAGGCGGAUCCAUCCGUGUAACAUCUGUGGGAAGGAGUUUAACCACAGCUCCAGCUUGUCACGCCACCGCCUCAUCCACAAGAAGGGUAAAGGAAUCCCUAAGGAUGUCACCCUCAGCCCCAAGGUGGCUACCCUCCGCCACUCGCUGAAGGCUGGUGCCAAAAACAAGAGAGCCAAGAAGCAGCAGCAGGCGGCGGUGGCAGCGGCAGCAGCCAUUAUUCAGAGUCCCGGUGGCGAUAAGUUCUAUGCCUGCCCACAGUGUGACAUGACUUUCAGGACAUCGAUGCAGCUAAACAAACAUCAGGUAAGUCACGUCAAGGAGCUGCUGGACAGCUACACGCCGGGGAAGGAGAACCUCGGCGAGACCUCGUCUGACCUCAAGAUCCGCCUCAAGCUCUGCUCUCGUGACAAACCAAACUUCUACACCCUGUGCAAGAACAGCCGGCGCCGCCGAGGAGGACGGGGCGCCGGCAAAGGAGCUCCAGUUCUGUCCGAAGAAGAAGAGGACGAGGAGGAGGAGGACGACGAUGAGGAAGAAGAGGAGGACGAAGGGGAUGUCAUUGGAGGAGGAGCCGGAGGUCACAGCUGCAGUCAGUGUGGUAAGCGGUUCAGUGACACGGCCAGACUGGUUCGGCAUCAGCAGACCCACAGAGCAGCGACGGGCAGCGGGCGAGGGAAGCAGCACAGCAAGGUGGGACUGUCUGUGGCCAAAACUAAAACGUACACAUGCCAGGCCUGCAACAAGACCUUCAUGCACUCGUCCAGCUUCUCCCGCCACAAGAAGGCCCACAUGGAUGAGGAGCAGCGCCAAAUUCCGGCUCCAAACAGGCGUCGGAAGAUACCCGUCGUGGAUGAGACUGCUCCGCUGGAGUCUGACUCGGAGUGACAUCAACCAGGUCUGGACUGGUUAGGACCUGUUCUGGACAAGUUCAUAUUUGGAAAAGUUCUGGACCAGUUUGGGACAGAUUGUUGUCCAGAUUCUGACAUCUGGUACUGGUUGGCUCUUCCUUUGGUGUAGAUAGAGACAGGUUGCCCAUAUUUGGUUAUAAACAAUCCAUAAAUAAUUGUGCUUAAGGAUGGGAUUAGAUUUAAAGUGGUAUUCUCCUGGCCCCGCCCCUCCUAUUGGACAGAUUACACAUGGACACUUGACACUCCAUUUCCCAUCAGCCACUUGGCAAGAGGGAGUGUACAGAGCUUCUUUAACCGCACCCACUCCACGUAAACAUGGUACAGAUGGCAGACGGGCAGCCAGCGCCUGGUUUCUGUCAGACUCUCAAAGCAUUAUGGGACACUGAACUCGUCUGAACAAUAAAAAGUGUUGAUGCAGUUUGUACUUUUGUUUUUGUGAUUUCACUUUAAUUGGAGAGCAGCAUGCCCUUAGUAACCACAGGAACCAAUCACAGUGCAGGUGUGAGAGUGUUGACCAAUCAGAUUUUGUCUUUCCACAAAAUACAAAAGCAGUUUUAAAAUGUCUAUCAGGAUGUUUUUUAGGUUCUACUUUAACAUUUUGUUCUUUAAUUCAACAGUCACAUUAGGAAAGUCAAUAACUGACAUUCAUCAUUGAACCAACAACCUCAGGCGGGUUCUGGACUGGUUUAAUACUCCAGCGGUCAGUUAAAAUGGAUUAAAAACCCUAAGUUUAAUCUCUGCAUGUGAGUUCUUGUUUUAGUUUUCAUCACUUCAUUGAAGAAAAUAACCUCACUGAUGACAGAUGGUUUUAUGGGUUCUGUUCGGAUGGCGACUGUCGGGGCCGUUUCAUUGGCCGUUCUGUUCUGGUCUUUGUGAUUGGCUUAUUAAUGCUGUGCUCUGAUUGGCCAGGGUCUGUUUACGGCUGUAGGCUUCACCCACAACACUGAGGAUUCACAGUUCUGAUUGGCUCUUUGAUGUUUAAAUGUGUUAAAAGGUGAAAUCCAAGUCGUCUUAAAGUUGGUCAGAAGGGCCGGGGCCUACAGUGUGCAUGAAGAUGUGCACAUUCCAUCGUACUUUUUUCAGUUCAUGUUUGGGUAAACUGGAACAAUGUUGUAAUAUAUAUAUAUAUAUAUAUAUAUAUAUAUAUAUAUAUACAUAACACAAAUCACAUUUAAUGUAAUUGACAGAUUUAAAAAAGUGUUGUUUCCAUAGCAACGGCUUGAUUUGCCGGCAGCAGUUAAAAACUUGAAUGCUUAAAAACUUAAAUGUCAUUUUCAGGUCUAAACUCUGAUGUCAGACUGGAUGAGGAGUUGUUCAUCCAUAUCGAUCAUUACAAUCCGGCUUUUAACCAACAUUUUUUUCAUGUUUAGAUAAAACUCCUCCCACUAAAUCCAGGUGACAGUUGAGAUCCCCGUUUCUUGUCCUCCACCAGCUUUUGGAUGAGCAUAAAAGUCUGAGCAGCGUUGGAUUUGUUGAGGACUUAAUUUAAUUAUUUAUAAAUGUUUGGUGGCACAAACAUGCCGCCCCCCCCCCCCCCCCCCUUUUGUUUUAAUUCCCACUUUCAUCCUUUAUUCAUCUUUUGUGCACUUACUCCAUGCUGUGUCCCCCCUGGGUUCGCCUGCAGAGUAGGUGUCCAUUGUAUCGUGUUUGCCCAUAGUUUAAAAAAAAAAAAAAAAAAAAAAACAGUUGACAUGUUUAGUCUCGUUUUGUAAUAAACAUUCAAAAGAA